AACCUGCGUAUACGCGCGUAACACACACACGCACACACACACGUUAUGUAGUCAUUUUGCGGAAUAGAUUAUCGUGUCGCGCGCCCGCUCGCGCGUGAGUGUAUAGGUAAGUGACUGCUCGCGCACCCCCGCUCGCCGCGCGCGCGCGCGUAUCUCCUUCGUAUCGCGCCGCCCCCUCUCUCCUCUCUCCUCUCCCUCUCUCUCUCUCUUUCUCUCAAUUCCUCGAAUUUUUUCCCGUACACUUUUUUUGCUGCAGCUCUGCGACGACGCUUCUCUCUGUGGCGCUGCUGCUUUUUUUAACCGAGAUUAUAAAUAAAAUCGAAAGUGAGAGAGAGAGAGAGGCGUGGUGUGUGUCGAACUCGUUUCGCAAGGCUGACGCAGCCGAUCGCGAACCUACUUACUUAUCGCGCGCGGCGGUGUAUAUACGUAAUAGAAGUGCGCUAGUCUAGUAGGAUGAAUGAAAAAUAUGCCGAAAACCCGUGGUGGGGUAGCCAAUCGCGCGGUCGGAAACGUAGGCUGCCCCCCCCCCCCCAACUCGACUCUUCCCGGCCGAUUAAGCACGUGCUCGGGAUAAAUAUUAUACACUGACUCUGACAGAGGGCAUACUCGUGAUUCUUUCUGGAUUUUGAGUGUAUAGGAAUGUAAAGGUCAAAUGCGGAAGACUUGAGAGCGUUAUAACCUAUAUCUUUACUGCAGUUGCGAUUACAACGUGUCCACAUUCGAGAUAGUACAAGUAAUAUAUAAGUGCCAUGAAAAGUAAAUCUUACGGAUGGAAUGCAAAGUCCGAGAGAUGAGGCUGGCUGUACGGUAGUCCUAUAGAUGUCACUCCAAUGCUCAUGAAGUGUUCGGAAGUCUUGUGUCGACAAAUGUUUGUGUUUGGUUUAUAACACGUUUACCACUUCAACCUGCACUCUGCAGUUGAUCUGAUCCGUGUAGUUUAUUUACAAACAUAUCGAGGAAGAUAAAGAAAUAACAUAAUAAUUAGUAAAGAGAAGAUGGAUGUACCUGUAAAGAGGUACCGAAGAGACGACGAAAAAGAAGAAAAAGAUGAAUUGGAAUCAGAUGAUGACUAUGUUCCGUAUGUUCCUGUUAAGAUAAGGAAAAAGCAGCAACUUAUCAAACUAGGAAGACUCGGGCAGAUAAAAGAAGAUGGUACUCAUGGAACCGGUAAAAGCAGCAGUGAAAAUGAAAGAGACGAGGGAGACGACGAGGAUAUUCAAGUUUGGGGAAGAAAAUCUAAUAUUUCCCUUCUAGACCAACACACAGAACUCAAAAAACUAGCAGAAGCCAAAAAGGAAAGCGCAAUGGAAAAACAACUGAAAGAGGAAGAAAAAAUUUUGGAAAGUGUUGCUGAGAAUAAAGCUUUGAUGGGUGUUGCUGAAUUGGCGAAAGGUAUAGAAUAUACAGAUCCUAUCAAAACUAGCUGGAGACCACCAAGAACUAUAUUGACUAAGGACAAUGUCAGGCAUGAGAGGAUAAGAAGAAAAUUUGGUAUCACAGUAGAAGGUGAAGAUGUUCCUCCACCGCUUAGAAGUUUCAAAGAAAUGAAAUUCCAUAAAGGAAUUUUACUGGGCCUGGAACAGAAAGGCAUUACAAAGCCAACUCCCAUUCAAGUGCAAGGAAUACCUGCAGUAUUAUCAGGCAGGGAUAUCAUUGGUAUUGCAUUUACUGGCAGUGGUAAGACUUUGGUAUUUGUUUUACCACUUAUUAUGUUUUGCCUUGAGCAAGAAGUGGCACUACCUUUCGGCAGGAAUGAAGGUCCAUAUGGUUUGAUUAUAUGUCCAUCUAGAGAAUUGGCAAAACAAACUUACGAUAUUAUACAGCAUUAUACAAACAGUCUACGGCAUCAUCACUGUCCCGAAAUUCGCUGCUGUCUUGCGAUUGGUGGAGUUCCUGUAUCAGAAUCUUUAGAUGUAAUCAGCAGAGGAGUGCACAUAAUGGUAGCUACACCCGGUCGAUUGAUGGACAUGUUAGAUAAGAAAAUGGUUAAACUCGGCGUAUGCAGAUAUCUAUGUAUGGAUGAAGCCGAUCGCAUGAUUGAUAUGGGAUUUGAAGAAGACGUCAGGACAAUUUUUUCGUUCUUUGAAGGUCAAAGACAAACGCUAUUGUUCUCGGCUACAAUGCCUAAGAAGAUCCAGAACUUUGCGCGGUCGGCGCUUGUAAAGCCUGUAACAAUAAAUGUAGGAAGAGCUGGAGCUGCUUCCAUGAACGUCAUUCAAGAAGUUGAAUAUGUAAAACAAGAAGCCAAAAUCGUUUAUCUUCUAGAAUGUCUGAAAAAGACUCCACCACCUGUUUUAAUUUUCGCUGAGAAGAAACAAGACGUGGAUGCAAUCCAUGAAUACCUUUUAUUGAAAGGCGUUGAAGCCGUGGCUAUUCACGGUGGAAAAGAUCAAGAAGAGCGAUCAAGAUCGGUAGAAGCUUUUAGAGCUGGAAAGAAAGAUGUUUUAGUGGCUACUGAUGUAGCUUCCAAAGGUCUGGAUUUUGCCAAUAUUCAACAUGUCAUCAAUUAUGACAUGCCGGAUGACGUUGAAAACUAUGUUCACAGAAUUGGUAGGACUGGUCGUUCUGGUCAUACCGGAACCGCCACUACAUUUAUCAACAAGGCCAACGACGAAUCUGUUCUUCUCGAUUUGAAACAUCUGUUGAGGGAAGCUAAGCAGAAGAUUCCGCCAUUCUUAUUGGAGCUGUGCUCCGAAAACGAGAAAUAUCUCAAUGUUGGAGACGAGCAAGGAUGCAGUUAUUGUGGUGGUCUUGGUCACAGAAUAACAGAGUGUCCCAAAUUGGAGGCGAUUCAGAACAAACAAGCGUCGAACAUUGGUCGUCGUGACUAUCUGGCAAGCAAUGCUGCAGAUUAUUAAAUUGUUCUUUCCGUGAAAGAUGACGUAAAUUAUUGAUUUUAAAUUAUCUCAACUGAUUCGAAAUUUGUCAAGAGCAAAUUUCUCGUACUAAAUUUUCAUAAUGCUAUAUUUUAUAAAUAAGACAAUGUAAAUAGUAGAGAAUUAAAAUGCGCACAUUUGUUUAUUAAAA